ACUUUUUCCGGUUUGAGCAGCCUGUCAUGGCGGCGCCCAUAGCGAUACAUCUAGAGUUCGGAGGAGGAGCUGAACUGCUGUUUAAUGGAGUCAAGGAUCAUCGUGUGACUCUUCCCAGCCAAUCAGAGCCCUGGGACAUGAAGCAGCUGCUGGUGUGGAUUCAGGAGAACCUGCUGAAGGAGAGGCCCGAGCUCUUUGUGCAGGGAGAUUCUGUGAGACCCGGCAUUCUUGUAUUGAUCAACGAUGCAGACUGGGAACUGAUGGGUGAACUGGAGUACCAGCUUCAGGACCAGGACAAUAUUGUGUUCAUCUCCACACUUCAUGGAGGUUAACGGACUCUAAAAGAACACACACACAUAUACAUACACACCAUAUAUCCACGCCUUCGUUCCCGAUGCUCUUCGCUACCCAUCCCCCAUCCUCCAAUCUCUCAACCAAUCCUGUGAGCCUGUCUUGAUUUGUUUAGAUUUUUUCGCCCAAUAAAACUGAACGUCGGUGGAAGACGGCUCGAGACAGGAUGGUCUCGGCGCUCUACCUGCCCCUCGGUUCGAUGGACGGGGCCACAUCGGGGCGCAUUCAGAGGUCAUCCCGUCUAGCCGACGUCCAGAUGGAUUCUCCAGAGACGUUCACCAAUCACUCACAAUCUCGCCUCCAAACGGCAAAAUAUCCAUUUUCAUUUGUUUAUGUCUGGACAUCCUGUUUUUUUUCUCUUGUUUUUUGAAUAAAUAAAUGUUUUUUAUUUUAGAAUGA